AUGGCUGCUCAUAACAUCACUCAGGACACCACUGAAAGCUCUCCAAAUCAGAGCAACUGUGAUGUGUUUGUCUACCAAAAAGCUGCAGUGGUCAUCUACCCUAUUUUCUACUCUGUGGUAUUCAUCAUCAGUGCAUGUGGCAACAGCUUGGUCCUCUAUGUAAUCUGUCAGAGGAAGCAGAAGUUCAACUCCACCUCCAUCUAUCUGAUCAAUCUCGCGUUAUCGGAUACCUUAUUCACACUGACACUGCCAGGAAGAAUAACCUACUACAUCCUCCAGUAUGACUGGCCAUUUGGUGACCUCCUCUGCAGGCUGACCACUCUUCUUUUCUUUGCAAAUACCUAUGCAGGUAUUGGCUUCAUGACCUGUAUCAGUCUGGACCGAUAUCUGGCCAUGGUGCAUCCACAACGGCUCCAGUGUUUGAGGAGCGUGCGGGUGGUUCGCAGGGUCUGCUGUCUGGUCUGGGCUCUGGUGUCUCUGCAGGUAGCUCCUCUGGUGUUCCGCAGCAUGUUGCACAAGAACCAGGAAAGAAGAACCUGCAUGGAGUACUUUGAUUUUGAGGGCUCCCGCUUCACACCUUACCUCCUGCUUCUGGCCUGUGGCAUCUCCUUCUGCUGUCCGCUCAUAGUUAUCCUGGGCUGCUACGCCAAGAUCAAUCUGAAGCUGCGAGCUGCAGCCAAGCAGAGCACUGUGACUGGCCGAUCAAAGAGGAAUCACAGGGCCAACACCAUCAUCCUCCUCAUCCUCCUCACCUUUAUCAUAUGCUUCAGCCCUUACCACCUCAACGUUAUGCAGUUCAUGUCCAGAAAGAUACACCACCGGGCAACAUGUGAGGAUCUGAAGGCCUUUAAGGUUUCUUUACAGAUUACAGUUUCACUAAUGAAUUUCAACUGCUGCUUGGAUCCAGUCAUCUACUUCUUUGCGAUUAAGACCUACAAAAAGAGGGUGAUGAGUCUGUUUAAGGACUAUCUGUAUACUUCCGGUGCCUCCUCCAAAAUGACAGCUGAGAACAGCAGCAGCAACACCUGA